AAAUGUCUAGGUGAAUGUAAAAUUGAUUUAUAUGAAAGAAACAUUAAUCAACAAUGUGUAAAUAAAACGUUAUCACCAAAACAUAAGAAAUUUCGUUAUCAUUAUGCCUAUUCAAUUAGAACAUUUCUAAGUGAUAAAAAGUUAAAUGAAUGUGAAACAAUGAGUAUUACAGGUGAACAAGGAUCGAUCGGAUAUGCUUUAACAUGUUAUAUUCAUUCACAUGCACAAAUUGUUCAAUCAUUAAUUGAUUAUUUUAAAUCUAUUUCAAAUCAAACAUCAAUGAUUGAAACAAAACUGACACCAAACAAUAAAAUUCAAUUUGAUUUUGGGUAUGAUAAACAUUUGAAUUCAUCACAUUUAGUUCAAGUGUAUCGUUCAACAGUUGGACAACUUCUAAUAGAAAUCAAGUUUUUAUGUUAUCCUUUGAAAAUAGUGGCAAAAUUGAUUUGUUUACCAUGUCCACCAGGUACCUACAUGAUUAAAAAACGUACGUUAAUUUAA